AUGUCACUCCCAAUUCUCGACCACUUCGCCAUUCUUGUCUCCUACCAAACCCUCCAAACCGUAACCCAAUCCCUCAAAGACUCCCUCCUCGUAAUCGACGGAGGCGCCCAUGCAGAUGGCCUAACAGUCAACAAACUAAUCCAUCUCGCCGACGGCACAUAUCUCGAGUUCAUCGCCUUCGUCGAAGGCGUAGACCCUGAGAAACGCCGUGCUCACCGCUGGGGAAACCUCGAAGAGGGGAAGAUCGCAGAUUGGGCUCAUACACUGCCCAGUGAAGCGGAUUACGCUCAGUUGCAGAAGCGCGUGGCUGAUGCUGGGAAUGGUGUUACGUAUGGUGAUCUCACUUCGCUACAGAGACACAGGCCUGAUGGGGUUUUGAUGAAGUGUCUUGUUUCGGUGGCGUUGAAUGCGGAGGGCGGGAGGAUCUUUCCUGGGACGGUGCCGUUUUGGUGUGUUGAUGAGACGGAGAGGCAUUUGCGAUCGCCGUUCAAGGCGGAGAGUGGUGAUGGGCUGCAUGAGUAUACCAAACAUCCUUCGAAUGCCCAGGGUGUAUCGAAAGUCACUGUUCUACUUCCUGAGAAGGAUAUUGCGACAUACAAGCCUGUUUACGAUGCUAUUCACAACCAGAACGCAACCUCUGGAUCGGACGGGUACUCUUGGCCUUACGACCUACCAGCUGGACCUAACUCAGGAAGCAGCCAGGUCGUCCUAUCGAAACUCGAAGGUGGAAAUGGCAAGGCAGAGGUCAAGUUGACACUCCUGGGCACAAAGGAGAGCCCCAAGACCAUCGAACUACUUCCCGGCUUAGUCAUCGACUUUGAACGCACAGAUUAG